AUGGGCGAUCAAAUAGAAGAAGAAAUUAAAAUUGAUCCUAGAAUAGAAUGGAUUCAAAAUUAUAUAUUGAAAACAAUGAAAGCUAAAAAUGAAAAAUGGAUUAAAUUAACGGAUAAUAGUCGAUAUCUAAAUAUUCUCUUGAACUUUUUGGAUAAUUCAACUGUUCGGCAAGUAGUUUUCUAUGGGAAUGCUGCAGGAUUAUUAUGUGUAUCUCAUGAUUAUCCACCUGAAUAUAAUUCAAAACUUGUUUAUUUCGUACGAAAAACGUCUCCAUACGUAUUUAAGAGUGCUGAAAAUAUUAGAAAAGGCUGCUAUAUUGGAGAAUUACCUCCGAAGCCCUUGGAAACUAUCUCGUCUCUACUGGAUGACUUAUGGAUACCAUUUUUAAAACAUAAAGCGAAUCAAAAUAAUUGGACUCAGGUUAUGGUACAAGAAGUUCCAAUACAAAAUCAGAUUAUCCAAACAGAAUUUGUUAAAAUGAAAGGCUAUAUGAAAAAUCGUACGAUUUUACCGUUACCAACUUGCAUGAGUGAAGUUAUGGAAAUUUCGCCGCAAAUUGCGCAAGGUAAUUUAGCAAUUGUGACAGUAAGUAUUAAAGAUGGCCUAGAAGAUAUCGUUUUGGAAUGGUUCGAUACUGUGAAUGAACUAACUAAAUUAGAUAUUGAAGCUAGAAUUAUCGAAAUAAGUGCUACACCCAUACCAGAGCAUUUGUUCAAAUUUUGGCAAGCUAGAUUAGAAAACUUGGAAGACUUAGUACAACAAUUAUGUCGAGUUCGAAUACGAACUGUUGGUUUCGUUCUAGAAAAAAUUGGCUCAAUUUUUCUAAAACUGUUUCAUGAUUUAGUACACAAUGCUUUAAAUGCACUAGAACAAGCUAAAGAUAUCAACAUUCAUUAUAAACCAGUAAAAACUAUUAUCGAUAAUAUGGAGUCAUUAGAUUUAGAAGAAUGUCGCACUCAUAUGAGACCUUUGCUGAUAACAACCUGCUUAACAUGGUCUUAUUCAAAAUAUGCUUCCACUGUCGAGAAUAUGGCUCUCCUUUUUAAAUUAAUUUUCAAUAGUGUAAUUGAAUGUGCAAUUAGAACAUUACAGCCAGACACACUAUUUCAAGGAGAAAUUGAAGAUACUUUAAAGAAGGUACGGAUGACAAAGAAAAACCUGUUAUAUUUUCGGGAAGUGUAUAAUGAAAUGAAAACUAAAAGAAAUUAUUUCAAACGCCCUUCAAAUCCAUUUGCACAAGAUUGGACCUGGCAAUCUACUUACAUUUUUGAAAGAUAUGAUCUAUUUUUAAUAAGAUUAAAUGAGUUGCAUAACUGUUUUGAAAUUGGUUCUGAAUUUACGAAACUUGAUAAAAUAUGUGUCGGGGGCUUUAAAGGAAAAGCAAUCACAUUAGAGGUUAGAAAAAUAUCUGAUUCAUUUCAAACGUUAUACGCUGAAUGGGGUAACAUUCAGUACAAUCCACUAGAAAUCGAUCCGAAAUUAAAAAGCUUCCAACAAGAUUUAAAAAAAUUUAAUAGCAGUGCUGAUAUCCUUGAACGUAAACUUGCUUUUCAAUUUGAAAAAUAUUUUGAAGUGUCCCAUGAUCUUAAUUCAACCCUACAAUUUGUCGAGCUGUGUGGUUCUCUUUUACAUAGACCAGUUAUAAAACAUCAAAUAUAUGAUAAUCUACAGAAUAUUGUUGAAGAAUUUGAUAACGAAUUAAGUACUGUUAAACUUAUUUUUAAUGAAUAUAAGAAUUCAUAUAAAGAAAAUGGAAUCAUGAAACUCAAAGUAGUACCGUAUUUAACACCUACAUCAGGAGCUCUUUGCUGGCUUAGAUCAGUACGAGCUCGGAUAUUAAGUAUUUUUCGAGAAUUUCCUUUCACCCAAUAUCUAGAAAUUUUGAACAACGAAUAUGGGCAAGAAGUUAUAAAACGUUAUAGAGAAAUGAUGAAAUACCUUGAAAAUUUUGAAAAAGAAAUAUUAUAUUGGUGGCGCAAGUAUUUACUUAAAUCUAUUAGAAGUGGAGCUCAAAGAACCAUUUUUAGAAAAUUACGGGAUGGUACUAUUGAAGUUAAUUUUGACCAAGAGUUGAAAGUUGGUUUAAAUGAUAUUAGAAGCAUAAGGUCACUUGAUUACAGAAUUUCGUCUGAAGCUUUAGAAUUUUAUAACUUGCAAAAUAAUUUAACUCAAUCGAAGUUCGAAAUACAACGUAUUGAAGAAUGGUACAACGAAGUUUUAAAAAAAUCACAUCCAUGUGAAUAUGACAUGCUUAGACCGCAAAUGGAAGUUGUUGAAAAUCUAUUAGAACCAUUUUUAAAUGAGAUUAUUUGGUUUAACAUUGAUACUGAAAAAUUGCAUGCACUAUAUGUUGAAAUAAAAAGUGUAAAUAAACGUUUAAUGCGCACUCAAUUUAAUAUUGGCUUGAUAAGAAAUAGUAUACGUUCAUGGGGUAAUAUACCCUUGUAUAAAAGGCAACCUCAUAAUAAUAAAUCGUUUAUUGAUUUCGAGAAUCGAAAAAAAAUUAUGAAAUCACGCUUUUUAGAUUGCAUUACAACAAAGGAAUUGAUUAAGAAAUUAAUUAACUUCAAUUUAAAAUUGUUUUAUGAUAUGCCUGAUAUUCAAAUGUGGGUAGAAUCAAGUAGUGAAGUGGAUAUUCGAAAUAGUAUACUUUUAAAACAAAUAACAACUGGAGUUUCUCCUAUUAUACCGGAAGACCAAGUAACAAGUCAGGACGAAAUGCAUUCUCAAAUAGAUCUCAAUGAAAUUGUUGAAAUGAAUACUGAAGAAACGUUGAAGCUUUUGGAUGAUGAAGAACGGCAUAAAUUUAUAGUUUAUGAAAAUUAUCUUGAUACUAUUAUAGUUGAAGAAUUAAAAGCCGCUAUCAAAACAAGUAUACGUUAUUUGAAAAACGAAAUGGACGAUAUCAACGAAAAUGAAUUCCCAAUAGCUGAGAUAACAAUUUGCUUGAAACCUCCAAACAUUUUUUACGAUAGAAAUAUAGAUUUAGAUGAUCCUCAAGGUUUCUAUCAAUAUAUGGAAGAAAUUUUGCAAGAUAUAUUUCGCAUGGCUAUUAUGCUGACAAAAUCUGCACCAACGGAUCAGACAACUGAUAACGACACUUAUAUGGAUGAAUUAUGUGAGAAGCCAAGUUUAACUAAAGUUCGUGACGAUAUAUUAAAUAAAAUUCGUAAUGUUAUGAGUCAAAUUAAAAAUUAUGUUCAGAGUGAAUAUGGUAAAAGUUCUUUUAUUUGGAAACUAAAUCGGUCACAAUAUUUAAAAGAUAUUAAAAUGUAUGGUCGACCUCUUAAUAAUUUUGAACGUGAAGAUGAAACUUUAAGACCAAAACCAAUCAAGGAAUCUUUAGAAAAUUUACCAUUGAAUCUGUAUAAGAACGAAAUUAAAAAUUUUACUUAUCUUUUUGAAGAAAUUGAUCAAAAGUGGGAUUUAUAUUAUGAUUUCAUAUGGUUAAGAUUAAACACAAAACAAUUUAAGAAGGAUGUACUUGAAGAAGUAAAUAAUUGGAUUAACUUUUUCAAAGAUGAUUUAAUUAAAAUAGUUGAAGAUUGUUUGCAGGAAUUAGAUGAUUUUAUAGCUGAAGCUCUAACGAUUCUUUAUAUUGAUUUGGAUAAAAAUGAUUUUGAUGGACUUAUAAAAACUAUUAAGGUUUUACAAAAAAUUGCUGAUAACCAAGUAUACUAUGACUCAAUGUUCGAUCCUUUGAAAAAUAUUGUUAAACUUUUAAAAUCAUAUGACUAUGCAUUUCCAGAAAAAGUAUUUAAACAGUUCCAAGACCUUCCGGACGAAUGGAAAAAAAUUAAACGUGAAUUAGUUAAUGUCAAAACAUUGAUUGAACCAAUAAAGACUUAUCAAAUUGACUUAAUCGAUAAACGUGUUAAUUUACAAAAUAUUCGCUCGCAAAUUUUUAGAAAUAAGUUUCUUAAAAAAUCGUUCUUUUUUAUUCCUUGUCCACAUGUAUAUAAAUUAAUUGACGAAGAAUUUAAUCGAAUUAAAACUUUGGAACAAAAUAUUGAUCUAUUAGAUAAACAAGCUAAGUUACUUGAGCUUCCGUCUCCAGUUAGAUUAGCCAUAGAGGUAUGUUUAAAGGAAUUGAAAGCUGUAAAAAUAUUAUGGGACCAUGUUAUACCAAUUGAAACGACAAUUGAAGAUUGGAAAACAACUCCAUGGAAAAAAAUUGAUAUAGAAAGUAUGGAUUCUGAAAAUAAAAAGUUUAAUCGCUCUUUAAAAGCUUUAGAUUCUUGUUGUCGCACAUGGGAACCGUAUAUUUAUGCUGAAUUGCUGUUAAAAAAUUUAAUGACGUCUUUGCGGGCUGUUGUCGAUUUGCAAAAUCCAGCAAUAAAAUCGCGUCAUUGGCAGCAGUUAAUGGAUGAGACUAAAAUUAAAUUUGAUAUGACUGAUUCUACAACUUUAGCUAAUUUACUUGAUUUGGGUUUACACAGAUUUGAAGAAGAAGUUAAAAAUAUUGUUGAAAAAUCCAUCAAAGAAGCUGCAAUUGAAAAAGAUUUAUCGGAAAUUAGCUCAACAUGGGCUGGUAUGGUUUUUGAAACUGAUUUGCAUGAAAGAACAAAUUUGCAAAUAUUAAGACCAUCUGAGGAGUUAAUCGAAAUCUUAGAAGAUAAUCAAAAUCGAGUUCAAAAUAUGAUGAGCUCAAAGUAUGUAGGAUACUUUGAAAAACAGGUAUUUGAAUGGCAGAAAAAGUUAUCCAAUACUGAUGCGGUUAUAUCAUCUUGGUUUGAAGUUCAGAGAAAAUGGCAAUAUUUGGAAAACAUUUUCAUUGGAUCUGAAGAUAUUAGAAGUCAGUUGCCAGAAGACUCAAGUAGAUUCGAUGCAAUUGAUAAAGAUUUCAAAAAUUUAUUAAUUAACAUGAUCGCAGAUAAAUAUGUCAUUAAGGCUUGCAAUAGAUCUGGUUUAGUCGAUAAACUAGAGAGACUCGGAAUAGCUUUAUCAUUUUGUGAAAAGGCUCUUAAUGAUUAUUUAGAAACAAAACGUUUAGCAUAUCCACGAUUUUAUUUUAUUUCAUCAGCGGAUUUGUUAGAUAUUUUAUCAAAUAGUAAUAAGCCUGUUCUUGUUUGUCGUCAUUUAACAAAAUUAUAUGAUUCAAUGGGUAAACUGACAUUUUUACCAAGCGGUAAAACAGCAAAUGGAAUGGUAGCUAAGGAACUAGAUGAAUACGUGCCGUUUUUAGAAAAAUGUGAUUGCAGUGGUAAAGUCGAAAUUUGGUUAAAUCGUGUAACGAGUAGUAUGCGCGAUACUUUACGAGAUCAUUUACGGCGUGCAGUUGUAGCUUAUGAUGAAAAGCCGCGAGAUACUUGGCUAUUUGAAUGGCCAGCUCAAUCUGCUUUAGUUGGAUCUCAAAUUUGGUGGACAUUCGAGACAAAUAAGGCGUUCAUGAAGUUGGAUAUGGGAUAUGAAAAUGCAAUGAAAGAAUACAAUAAGCAACAAAUUAAUCAAUUAAAUUCGUUAAUUAUGCUUUUAUUGAGUGAUCUGACGGCUGCAGACAGACAAAAAAUUAUGACAAUAUGCACAAUUGAUGUUCAUCAAAGAGAUGUUGUUGCUAAGAUGAUUGCUUUAAAAGUAGAGUCAAUUUCAUCAUUUCAAUGGCAAACGCAAUUGCGUCACAGGUGGGAUGAAGCAAGGGGCGAUUGUUUUGCAAAUAUUUGCGACGCUCAAUUUUGUUACGAUUAUGAAUUCUUAGGUAAUACACCUAGAUUGGUAGUAACACCGUUGACAGAUCGUUGUUAUAUAACUUUGACGCAAUCAUUACAUUUAGUAAUGGGUGGUGCCCCAGCAGGUCCAGCUGGUACAGGCAAAACCGAAACAACAAAAGAUCUGGGAAGGGCACUUGGUAUAAUGGUUUAUGUUUUCAAUUGCUCCGAACAAAUGGAUUAUAAAUCAGUUGGUAACAUUCAUAAAGGAUUAGCUCAAACUGGUGCGUGGGGCUGUUUUGACGAAUUCAAUAGAAUUUCUGUCAGUGUCUUAUCUGUUAUAGCUGUUCAAGUAAAAUGUAUACAGGAUGCAAUAAAGGGUAAAAAGAAAAUAUUAAAUUUCUUAGGAGAAAUGAUAUCUCUGAAACCUACAGUAGGCGUUUUUAUUACGAUGAACCCAGGCUACGCCGGUCGGGCUGAAUUACCAGAAAAUCUGAAAGCGUUGUAUCGUCCAUGUGCUAUGGUUGUUCCCGAUUUUGCAUUAAUAGCUGAAAUUAUGUUAGUAGCAGAAGGAUUUCAAGAAGCUCGCUUGUUAGCGCGUAAAUUUAUAACAUUGUACACUUUAUGUAAAGAGUUGCUCUCAAAACAGGAUCACUAUGAUUGGGGUUUAAGGGCCAUUAAAUCUGUUCUUGUUGUUGCUGGAUCACUGAGAAGAGAUGACAGGCACAGACCCGAGGAUCAAGUUUUAAUGAGAGCUCUCCGUGAUUUUAAUACGCCAAAAAUUGUUACAGAUGAUUUACCAGUAUUUAUUGGUUUGAUUGGAGACUUAUUUCCCAACUUAAAUGUUCCACGAAAACGUAAUCAAGAAUUUGAAGAGAUAAUUAAAAAAUCAACUGUAGAAUUGUCAUUACAACCAGAACCAGAAUUUAUUCAAAAAGUUGUAGAACUUACAGAAUUGUUUGCUGUGCGACAUUCUGUUUUUAUAGUAGGGUUCGCUGGAACAGGAAAAUCAGAAGUCUGGAAAGUUUUACAGAAAACUUAUCAUAAUAUGAACAGGAAGCCAUUUUAUAAUGAUUUAAACCCUAAAGCAGUUACAAAUGAUGAGUUGUUUGGUAUUGUGAAUCCAUCCACAAGGGAAUGGAAGGACGGAUUAUUUUCAAUAAUAAUGAGAGAUCAAGCUAAUAUGAGCGGUGAUGGUCCCAAAUGGAUUGUUCUAGAUGGUGAUAUUGAUCCAAUGUGGAUUGAAAGUUUAAAUACCGUAAUGGAUGAUAAUAAAGUUUUGACCUUAGCGAGUAAUGAACGUAUUGCACUAACAAAGGAUAUGAGGUUAUUAUUUGAAAUAGCGAAUCUAAAAACAGCUACACCAGCAACGGUUUCGAGAGCUGGCAUAUUAUACAUUAAUCCUCAAGACUUAAGUUGGAAUCCGUUUGUCGCUUCAUGGUUAAGUAGAAGAUCAAAGAGUGAGCAAUCAGUUUUGGGAACACUUUUUGAUAGAUAUAUUCCAUCCUUGUUAGAAAAUUCUAAGAAAGGUUUGAAGAAAAUUACUCCGAUAUCAGAUAUUGCGAUGAUACAGAUGACUUGUUAUUUGUUGAAUUGUUUGUUAGUUCAAGAAAACUUACCAAUCGAUUGUCCAAAAGACUGGUAUGAAAUCUAUUUUGCUUUUGCGUGUAUUUGGGGCUUUGGAUCAUGUUUAUUUCAAGAUCAGAUAAUCGAUUGGCGAAAUGAGUUUUCUAAAUGGUUUAUUUCAGAAUUUAAAUCAGUUAAAUUUCCUCCCGAAGGAACAGUUUUUGAUUAUUACGUAGAUCAAGAAACAAAAGCAUUAAUUCCAUGGACUAAUCUUGUAGAAAAUUUUGAAUUAGAGACUGACAAACCGUUACAAUCAAAUUUAGUACCUACAUCUGAAACAACUCGUUUAAGGUAUUUUAUGGAUGUUCUAUUAGAAGCGAAAAAUCCUAUCAUGUUAAUUGGCCCAGCUGGCUCUGGUAAAACAAUACUUAUGAACUAUAAAUUGAAUGCGUUAGUUGACAAGGAUUCUACGAAAUGGGCGGUUACAAAUGUUCCGUUUAAUUUCUAUACUACUUCUGAAGCAUUACAAAGAAUUUUAGAAAAACCAUUGGAAAAGAAAGCUGGAAGAAAUUUUGGACCUCCAGGGAAUAAAAAUAUGUUGUAUUUUGUAGACGAUAUGAAUAUGCCAGAAGUGGAUAAGUAUGGAACUGUCCAGCCUCACACAUUGAUUCGGCAAUUUAUGGACUAUAAGCACUGGUACGAUCGAGUAAAAAUGAUUUUGAAAGAUAUACAUUCCUGUCAAUUUGUUUCUUGCAUGAACCCUUCAGCAGGAUCAUUUACUAUAGAUCCUAGAUUACAAAGGCAUUUUUGUUCAUUUGCUGUUAAUCAGCCAGGUAGUGAUGCUUUACAUCAUAUUCUAAACUCAAUUUUAUCACAACAUUUAGCUGUUCCAACUCUUCGUUUUAGCACUGUGGUAAAAAGUUUAUGUAAUAGUCUAGUAAAUGCUGCUAUUGCUUUACAUCAAAAAGUAUCAUCUUCUUUUUUACCUACUGCUGUGAAAUUUCAUUAUAAUUUUAACUUGCGUGAUAUUGCUAAUAUAUUUGUGGGUAUUUUGUAUGGUAACAGCGAUUCAUGCCCUAAUAGUGAUAUGAUGAUACGUUUAUGGUUUCAUGAGUCCCAAAGAGUUUAUGGAGAUAAACUUGUGGAUUUCAAUGAUAUUAACAAUUUUAAGAAAAUUGCUAUUGACACCUUACGAAAAAAUAUUGAUCAAUAUAACGAAGAGGUUGUAUUAUUACAACCUUUGAUUUAUUGUCAUUUUGCAAGAGGAUUAUCCGAUAUGAAGUAUAUGCCAAUACAAAAUUGGCUGACUUUACAAACACUUUUGAAAGAGGCACAACAUAAUUAUAAUGAAGUAGUAGGUGCAAUGAAUUUAGUGCUAUUUGAAGAUGCUAUGAGUCAUAUUUGUCGUAUAAGUAGAAUUCUUGAGUCAUCUCGGGGAUAUGCGUUAUUAAUUGGUGUUGGUGGUUCAGGCAAACAAUCUUUGACAAGACUGGCAGCUUUUAUUUCCUCUUUAGAUGUCUUCAAAAUUCAGUUAACAAAAGAUUUUAGCAUUGUUGAUUUAAAAGCAAAUCUAAACACUUUGUAUAUAAAAGCAGGGAUAAAAAAUACACCAAAUUGUUUUCUAGUAACUGAUUCCGAGAUAGCUAAAGAAGAAUUUUUGGUUGUUAUCAAUGAUUUGUUGGCAUCCGGUGAUAUUCCAGAGCUUUUUGCGGAUGAUGAGGUUGAAAAUAUUAUAAGUACUAUACGAAAUGAAGUGAAAGAGGCCGGUAUUAGUGAUACUAGAGAAAAUUGUUGGAAAUUUUUUAUUGAAAAGGUCAGAUCGUUAAUAAAAGUCGUUUUAUGCUUCUCUCCGGUUGGUUCAACCCUAAGGAUACGAGCUAGAAAAUUUCCAUCGUUGGUGAAUUGUACAACAAUCAAUUGGUUUCAUGGGUGGCCGAUAGAAGCCUUAGAGUCCGUGUCAUAUAGAUUUUUGAAUGAAUUUGAAACUUUACAUCAAGAGCUUGCACUUCCCAUCUCGAAAUUCAUGGCUUACGUCCAUACCUCUGUAAAUAAAUUAUCUGAAGUUUAUUUGGCGAAUGAUAGGCGUUAUAACUAUACUACACCCAAAUCUUUUUUAGAGUUAAUUAAAUUAUAUAGAAAAUUAGUUAUUGAAAAAGAUACGGCUACAAAAGAAUACAUUACUCGUUUGGAAAACGGAUUAAUUAAACUAGCAUCAUGCUCUAAAGAAGUUGACGAUCUGCAAUUUGUUUUGAAAGACCAAGAAGUAAUUUUAAAAAUUAAAAACGAAGAAGCUGACGCACUAAUUAAAGUUGUUAGUGCUGAAAAUGAAAAAGUUUCUAAGGAGAGAGCUUUUGUUUCAGAAGAAGAAAAAAAAGUUAGAACUAUAGAAGAAGAAGUGACAGCAAUAGCAGCUGUUUGCACAGAAGAAUAUAAAGCUGCGAUGCCAGCUCUUGAAAAAGCUCAAGAAGCUUUGAAUACCUUGAAUAAAAACAAUCUAACUGAAUUGAAAUCGUUUGGGUCACCACCAGACGCUGUAGUUAAUGUAGUUGCAGCAGUGUUAGUAUUAUUUUCACCGAAGGGUAAAAUACCUAAAGAUAGAAGUUGGAAAGCGUGUCGUGGUAUAAUGGGUAAUGUUGACAAAUUUAUGCAAGAUCUGAUUUACUACAAAAAAGAAUCAAUUCCGCCUGAUGUUAUAAAAGCUUUACAACCAUACCUAAAAGACCCAGAAUUCGACCCUCACAAAAUCAUGGCGAAAUCGGGAGCUGCUGCAGGUCUCUGUUCAUGGGUUAUUAAUAUUAACAAUUUUUAUGAAGUGUAUCUAGAAGUGGAGCCAAAAAUAAGAGCUUUGAAAGAUGCUGAAUACCAGUUAAACGCAGCAAGAGAGAAAUUGGAAUCAUUAAAUAAUCGCUUAAAUGAAUUAGAAGAAGAAUUAAAUGCUAUUCAAUCUGAAUUUAAUGCUGCUAUGGCUGAAAAACAAAAAUGUCAAGAUGAAGCUGAUAAGACAGCAUUCACGAUAGAUAUUGCAAAUCGUCUUGUUGGAGGUUUAGCAUCGGAAAAAAUUCGAUGGACAGCAUCUGUUAAGAAUUUGAACGAAAGCUUGGAAACUAUUCCAGGAGAUAUGUUAUUAAUAGCUUGCUUCAUAUCUUAUGUUGGUUGCUUUACUCGAUCGUAUCGUUCAGAAUUACAGGAAAAAAUGUGGUUACCUACUUUUAAGAAGUUAGAGCCGCAAAUACCCAUGACUGAAAAUGUAGAUCUUUUUUCCUUAAUUUGCGAUGAUGCACAAAUUGCACAAUGGAACAAUCAAGGUCUUCCAAAUGACAGAAUGUCCUCAGAAAAUGCAGCGAUAUUGGUCUAUUCGGAACGAUAUCCUUUAAUUAUUGAUCCGCAGCUGCAAGGCAUAAAAUGGGUUAAACAGAGAUACGCCAAGAAUAUGACCCUCCUUCGUCUUAAUCAAAAAGGUUACAUGGAUAUGAUUGAAAAAGCUGUUCGAGAUGGUAAUGUUUUAGUCAUUGAAAAUAUAGGAGAAUCAAUUGAUGCAGUUUUGAAUCCACUUGUUGGGAGAUACUUGAUAAAGAAAGGUACAUGUUUAAGACUUGGUGACAGAGAAAUCGAUUUUAAUCCGAAAUUUCGUUUGAUUUUGCAAACAAAACUGGCUAAUCCACAUUACAAGCCUGAAAUGCAAGCGCAAUGUACUUUAAUUAAUUUUACUGUAACUCGUGAUGGAUUAGAAGAUCAAUUGCUUGCUGAAGUUGUUAAAGCUGAGCGUGCUGAUUUAGAAAGCUUAAGGACUAAACUCACUCAGCAGCAGAAUCAAAAUAAAAUAACACUAAAGAUUUUGGAAGAAGAUCUUUUAAAGAGGUUGGCUGCUGCUGGUGAUAAUGUGUUAGAAGAUGUCUCCUUAGUAACAAAUUUAGAAAAAACAAAGAGAACUGUUGAAGAAAUUGGCAUUAAAGUUGCAGAAGCUAAAAUCACAACCUCGCAAAUAGAUUCGGCUCGGGAAAUUUAUAGACCUGCUGCUUGUAGAGCAUCUAUUAUAUAUUUUGUUAUGAAUGAAUUAUUCAAAAUUAACGCUAUUUAUCAAUUUUCUUUAAAAUCAUUUACUAUAGUUUUCUUGAAUGCUAUAAAAAAUGCUCCAGAAUCAGAUAAUGUGAAAGAGAGGGUUAGUAACUUAGUAGACACUCUUACGUUCUUUAGUUAUAUGUAUACUUCAAGAGCUUUAUUUGAAGCUGAUAAAUUAAUAUUUCUAACUCAAAUGAUAUUUCAAAUUCAACUUCAUUCUAAAGAAAUAGAACAAAGUGAACUAGAUUUUCUCUUAAGAUAUCCAUAUAAUCCGAAUGUUAUCUCAGAAAUUAAUUUCCUUAAUAAUGUUCAAUGGGGUGGAAUUAAAGCUCUAAGUAGUUACUGUGAUAGUUUUAAAGGUUUGGACAAGGAUUUGGAAGCUGCGCCAAAAAGAUGGCAAAAAAUACUAGAUGCUGAUGCUCCAGAAAGGGAGAAACUUCCUGGGGAAUGGAAAAAUAAAACAUCGUUACAACGUUUGUGUAUUUGGCGUUGUUUGAGAGCAGAUCGAAUGACUUACGCUGUUCAAGUUUAUAUAGAAGAGAAAUUGGGUACCAAGUAUAUUGAAGCAAGAAGCGUUGAUUUUGCUAAAACUUUUGAGGAAACUAGUUCCGAAAUUCACACAUUUUUUGUUCUUUCCCCCGGAGUAGAUCCUCUAAAAGACGUUGAACGAGUUGGAAAAUAUUUAGGAUGGGGUUUUGAAACAGAAAAUUUUCACAGUGUUUCCUUGGGACAAGGACAGGAAAUGAUUGCAGAAAAAGCAAUCGAGGAAGCUACCCGUGAAGGACAUUGGGUUAUGCUGCAAAAUAUUCAUUUAGUCGCACAUUGGCUACCCCGACUAGAAAAAACUAUAGAGGGUACAGUCGGUAAUUCUCAUCCUGAUUAUCGUCUAUUUCUAAGCGCUGAGCCAGCCCCGAGUCAUGAAUUCCAUAUUUUACCACAAGGCAUUUUGGAAUCAGCAAUAAAAGUGACAAAUGAACCACCAACUGGUAUGUUGGCUAAUCUGCACAAAGCUUUGGAUAACUUUACACAAGAAACUUUAGAAAUGUGUUCUAAGGAGACAGAAUUUAAGGCUAUAUUAUUUUCGCUGUGUUAUUUUCACGCAGCUAUUGCAGAGCGUCGCAAAUUUGGUGCACAAGGUUGGAACGUGCGAUAUCCUUUCAACGUUGGUGAUUUAACAAUCAGUGUUUACGUCCUUCAUAAUUAUUUGGAAGCGAAUACACGCGUGCCUUGGGAAGAUUUGAGAUACCUUUUUGGAGAGAUAAUGUAUGGUGGUCACAUAACAGAUGAUUGGGAUCGCCGAUUAUGCAGAACAUAUCUCGAAGAAUAUAUGCAACCGGAGUUACUAAAUGGCGAAUUAUAUUAUACAGUGGGAUUUAAAGCACCAGGAAUUUUAAAUUAUGAUGAAUAUCAUAGUUACAUAAAUGAAAACUUACCAACUGAAUCCCCUAUUUUAUAUGGUUUACAUGCAAAUGCCGAAAUUGGUUUUUUAACAACUGUUACAGAAAGGAUUUUUCGAAUUAUUUUCGAAUUGCAACCAAAAAUGGCUGCUGGCGCUGGACCUGGUGAAAUGACACAAGAGGAAAUUGUAAAAAUUUUGAUUGAAGAUACGUUGGAUAAAAUUCCUCUCCCAUUUAAUAUAGUGGAACUAAGCAUAAAAGCAGGUAAAGAGAAAACACCUUAUAUUAUUGUAGCACUUCAAGAAGCUGAUAGAAUGAAUAUUUUGAAUACUGAAAUUGUUCGUUCAUUAAAAGAGUUAGAAAUGGGACUUAAAGGCGAAUUAACAAUUUCAUCUGUUAUGGAAAGCUUAAUGGAUUGUUUAUAUAUGGAUCAAGUACCGGUAACGUGGGAAAAACUGGCAUAUCCAAGUAUAUUAAAUCUUGGAUCUUGGAUUGCCGACCUAAUGCAACGUUUGAAAGAAUUAGAAACUUGGGUUAGUGAUUUUAAAUUGCCAUCUAGUGUGUGGUUAGGAGGAUUUUUUAAUCCACAAAGUUUUCUAACCGCUAUUAUGCAGCAAACAGCUAGAAAAAAUGAUUGGCCAUUAGAUAGAAUGUGUUUAAAUUGUGACGUUACGAAAAAACAUAAAAGCGAAAUAGCUGCGGCACCAAGAGAAGGUUCAUAUGUAAAUGGUCUCUUUAUGGAAGGUGCUCGCUGGGACAUUCAACUUGGAACAAUAGCAGAUGCCCGUAUGAAAGAAUUAUUUCCGUCUAUGCCUGUAAUUUAUAUCAAAGCCAUCACUCAAGAUAAACAGGAUCUGAAAAAUAUUUAUGAGUGUCCUUUAUACAAAAUUCGUAAACGUGGGCCAACUUUUGUUUGGACUUUCAAUUUAAAAACUAAAGAGAAACCGGGAAAGUGGACAUUAGCUGGAGUUUGCUUGUUAUUGCAAAUAUAAACUUUUAUUUAUUAAAA